AGAAUGUGUUCUCUUCGACCUUGACCGACCAUAAUUCUACUUUUGACUAAACUAAACAUUGAUUUUAUGCCUAAAAUUGAAUCUAAACAUGACUUUAAGCCACAAAAUUAAAAAACCGGAUUGUUUUAGCUUAAUAUGUAUAAUUUAUAAAAAAAAAUGCUAGAAAAGUAGACGUUAUGACCACAAAGCAUGUUGGAUUGUUCUUUGUUCAGAACUAAGCCGCAAAUUAAAUCUUUGAACAGAAAAUCAAGAACCACUAGUAGUAGUUCUAGUAAAUGUACUUGUUCGAAUAAUGUUGCACGUAUAAUAUGAAAUAUUUAAGCAUGAUCGUCAAAAUUCUAUGCAUGAAAUAUUUUAUAUUGGCACAGUGCUGCUCUUAUGUCUGGGGAGUUGUUUAACAGCAGACAUACUAAUGGUUACAAUGGGUGGCACAAAAUCACAUAAAAUUCCCUUUUGGGAAUUAGCCAAAGGUUUAAUACACAGAGGUCACAAUAUAACUUUCUUAAAUGGUUUUCCCUCCGAUUUUCAUAUUAACGGUUUGCAUGAGGUCACACCGGCCGGUCUAGUUGAAUACAUACAAAAUUAUACGAAUUGGGAUCUGCUGGGGGCACGAAUGUCAGGUGAAAUGCCAAUAUCUGUAUGGGAUGGUGUCCGUUAUGCUUUCGAGUCAUGCGAUGCCAUGUUGGAAGAUGCUGAAACACAGGCAUUAUUAAAUCGUAAUUUCGAUUUGGCCAUAUUAGAUGGUGCAUUUCCGGAAUGUGCUUUGGGCAUGGUGUAUCAAUAUAAAAUACCCUUUAUGUAUAUGAAUACUGUGGGUUUUUAUACGGGUAGCUUGGCCAAGUCUGGUAAUCCAGGAUCUUAUGCUGUAACACCAAAUUUCUAUACAGGUUUUACCGAUAACAUGAAUUUACUGGAGAGGGCUGUGAAUACAGGAGCUCAAAUUUUGUCAGAUGUGAUGCACAAGAUCGUUAUGGCUUUUGUGUAUCGUGUUAUGAGAGAACGUUUUGGCUCCCAUAUGCCUCAUCCUUAUGAAAUUUCCAAAAAUGUUAGUUUCAUUUUACAAAAUGGUCAUGCUGUUGUCUCCUAUCCACGUGCUUUAAACCCCAAUGUUGCCGAAGUAGCUUGCAUACACUGUAAGCCCGCCAAACCUUUACCAAAAGAUUUAGAAGAAUUUAUAUCCUCCUCGGGUGAAUCCGGCUUUAUUUAUGUCUCUAUGGGUUCUUCUGUAAAAGCUGCCAAUAUGCCACCCACUUUAAAACGUUUACUGGUUCAAACUUUUGCCCGUUUACCUUACCAUGUUCUCUGGAAGUAUGAGGGAAAUGCUGCCGAUAUUGAGGGUCUUACUGAAAAUGUGAAAUUGAGUCGUUGGUUACCACAGCAAGACAUUUUGGGUCAUCCAAAAUUAAGAGCAUUUGUUACUCAUGGUGGUUUGUUGAGCAUGUAUGAAACUGUAUUCCAUGGAGUACCGGUGGUAACUAUGCCAGUUUUCUGUGAUCAUGAUGUAAAUUCAGCGAAAGCAGAAGUUGAUGGUUAUGCGAUAAAAUUGGAUUUGGCAACAUUGAGUGCGCCUCAGCUGUAUAAGUCGAUAAUGAAAGUUAUACACGAUCCACAGUAUAGAAAUGCGGCGAGAUUCCGUCAACGUUUAUUAUUGGAUCAACGUACAACACCUUUGGAAACAUCCAUAUAUUGGACGGAAUAUGUUUUGCGUCACAAAGGAGCUUAUCAUUUACAAUCUCCAGCACGUAAUAUGAGUUGGCUACAAUAUUAUUUGAUUGAUGUUGCAGCUUUGUAUGCUGCCGCCUUGUAUGCGAUUUAUUUCUUAAUGAGACGUGUUUUUGCACGUUUUGAUGUGAUACGCAGCCUACACACUCCCACAAAAGCUAAAAGGAUGUAAAUAAUUAAGUUUUCUUUGUAACAAUUUUUAGUUUAAUUUCUUUAGUUUAAUUUAACUUAAGAAAUAUGUGUAUUUUUUUAUAAAUAAUUUAGGUUUUAUUUAUAAUUUUUGUUUAGCUUAAAUGGGUGAUAUUGUUGUCUCAAAUACUACUAUUUUAUAUAAAUAAUAAUAUUUUUGUUUAAUGUGCGUUGAGUGUCCUUAAAAUGUUUAAUCAAAAAGAUAUAUUUAUAAAAUUAAAAAUCUUUUAAUAUUUGUUGCUGUAAUGUAGGGUAUUUAACUAAUACUUAUUGUAUUUAUAUAAACAAAAUUUGUUUCAUGUUUUGUAAAUAUUUUCUUGUAGUUUUAAUAAUUUCUUAAAAAGAAAUAUUUUAACAAAUUUUAGUUUUAGUUUAAUUUUUAUUUAAAAUAACAAAUGUAAAGAAUUCUUAAGAAAUAAACUAUAAACCAAAGUUAAUUAUUUUGUCCAUAAAAAUUAUAACACAAAAUGCUAAUUAAUAAAUUUGUAUGAGUAUGAAAA